AUGGCGGCUCUGCUCGCAGACGUUCGGUAUUUUAUUUCUCGCACCCUCCGGCCAGAACGACGACAAGCAUACGCGGAAGCACUCGACAGCGCGGGAGCUCUCGCGGUGUCGCUGGAUGACCCCGCGCUCACACAUCUCGUCGCGUCCACGCCGCCCUCGGACGAUGCUCUCGAACGCUUGCCGCAGGACUCUGCUGCUCACGUCGUUACUCCAGCCUGGGUCGAGCGGUCCAUUGUCCUCAAGGCUCUUCAACCGCCCGAGUUUUAUUCCACAGACCCUGCCUUCCUCUUCUCUGGCAUCACCGCGACGGCUACAGAUAUGUCCCCUCACGAUCUCGAGCUACUUUCUGCAGCAAUUACCGCGCUUGGCGGACAGUGGCGCACCACUCUCACCCGUGAUGUGACCCAUCUUUUUGCUCUCUCGACCGGCAGCCUGCACUACGAGACCGCGAUGCACUUCCAGGACUCCACUCACAUGAAGAUCCUCGUCCCGCACUGGUUCGAAGACUCCAUCAGGCUUGGUAUCAAAGGUCUGCCCACGGACGAAUACGAAUGGCCCGAACCCGCUGUCUUCAAGGGCAGAGUCCUGGAUGGUGCACAGGACAGUUCGCGGCCAGCUUACAGGCUUUCUGCAGAAAAGAAGGCAUACUUCGAGACAGCACUCGCCUCCGGCAGCGAUCUGCCAUACACUCGUGUCGCGCCUCGCAAUGUUUGGAAUGGACUCCGGGUCCUCCUCAGUUCGUCGCUCGGUCUCACUGAGAGCCAGAGGGAAGCCCACGAAGCAGACAUCCGUCGGGAAGGCGGUCUUGUAGUAGAGCUUCCACGAAAUUCUUCUUCUCAGAUGAUGGAAGACGAGGCAGAGAAAGUGCGUGAGGCUGACGUUUUUGUGACCCGUCAUAGAGCCGGGUCAGCAUAUGUCAAAGCGUACAAGUUGAACAAAACGAUCGGUAGCCUCACAUGGUUAUGGUUCGUGCGCGCAUCGGGAACGCUCUCUAGGCCUACCGACCAGCUCCUUCAUUAUCCCAUCCCUAAGAAACCUAUCGAGGGCUUCUCUUCCCACAUUAUUACAAUCACCAACUAUACAGGUAAGCAUCGCGAAUACCUCAAGAAGCUCAUCGCCACCAUGGGCGCCGAGUUUACGCCAAGCAUGUCAAGCAAAAACACUGUCGUUAUUGCAGCAUUCGUUUCUGGAACCAAGACCGCGAAAGCUACCUCAUGGUCAAUUCCCGUCGUAAAUCAUACGUGGCUCGAAGAUUGCUUCGUGCAGUGGCGUGCGCUAACACCCGCGCGUGAAAAGUACAUUAUCUUUCCUCCGGGGAUGGACUUCAGUCAACUGCUUGCGGAUCGAGGGCUUGGUGGGCGUGUGGGCUUCGAGCCAGGUGAGCUCGAAGCGCUUGAGACGGAGAAUCAGGCUGCACCAGAGCGUGAGGCAGACGUCGGGCGAGCGUCAGCUCUGUCGGGCACCGCAAACAGUGCCCGAGAUGCACGAGAGGUAGAGAAAGCGGUAGACGGUUUUGACAACGUUGUGGGAGAUGUAAGCAUAGCUGGUCACCUCGACGUUGAGAUGCGAGUGGACGAAGACGUGGAGAUGAUCACGGAUGAUGGAACUGGGGGCAGACAAAAGGGUCGCUCAGUCGCGCCUACAGAUCGCAAACCUGCGCGAAUUGCAGAUCGUGAAGAGCAGCUUGAUGCAGAUAGGGCGAGUAUCAACGAGCCAAGCACGUCUUUGGUAUCGCCUUCCAAACCACUGCGGCGAUAUUCCCGAAAAGGCAACAAAGUUGUCUUACAUGGACACAGCGAGGAGCCUGUUACCCGCCUAGGCCCACCUACGCGCGCGCCAGCCAAGGAUAAGAUGCAGACUGCUGCAGGUGAGUCGACACAAUACCAACGUUUCUUGUAUAUAGACAGCCUGGUAGGAUCUGGAGCCCGCGAACGCCAGAAGCUUCCACAGAUAUCUUCAGACGAAGAGGAUCCUAUGGAUGUUGAUGAUUUGCCAGUUAAAAGCAAAAACUCAAACAUCAACGUACCGGCAGGCAAGGGCUCCCGCCCACCAAGGAAGCGCCCCGCAGACGAAACUGAUCCGGAGGACGAGCAUGAAAAACCAGCUUCUCGAUCCGAAGUGUCAGCAUCAGUGGAGACUGCAGCAUCACCCGUCAAGGCUACUCGUACUCCCACAAAACGACUAUCAGUCGUUUUGCCUACGGUAACUAAUGUUUACUCGCCUUCAAAGGGCGGAAGGACUUCGCCGCGGAAAGCCGUCGCACCAACCACCUCAGUCCGUGCCGAGACGGCCGAGACAUUGACACACUCUCCGGCGAAGCGAGAUCGUCUGCCUGCUUCGCCGAAGAAAGUGCAGCUGAGCGUGAACUUUGACAGUGAGUCAGAGCUCUCCCCCCCAGUGAAGAGUCGCCGCAAGAAAUCUCCAGCGCCUUCCGCCCCAGUGGCCGGUCCCAGCAGAAUGGGUUCCAGCCCGCCGCCGUUGGGCAGGACACCAUCAAAGCGAUCUGCGGCAAGUCGAGCGACCCAGAAGCUGCGGGAUGAGAUCAUGCCCGAUGUCCUCAGUUUCCAGAAAGAGAUGAAACGGGGAAAUGUGCGCGGAUUGGGCGAGAGCGAGCCUACGUCCGCAAAGGGUAAAGAGAAGGAGAAGGAGAGGGAGAAGGAAGCGGGCGGUGUGUUAAAAACGCCAAAACUUGACAAGGCGAAGGGGAGGAAGAGACUUUCGGCGGCCAGAGAUGAUGAUACGAUAGCUGACGAAGAGCCGGAAAAGAAGCGUCCACGCACAACCUCGACUGGCGGGAAGAAUGGUAAGACACAUCGUCCAGGACACGCUCCGGAGGAAUUAGAGGGAGAGGUCGAAGAGGCAAAAUCCAAAGCGCGCCGUAAACCAGCAAGUAAGGGUAGAGUGAGCGUGGAUGAGGCCAGCGCAAAGCCAAUGUAG